AUGUGUCUUUCAGUAUUGCUGACCUGGGUGAACUGCUGUAGUGUCCGUAUGGCUACCAGGAUCCAAGAUAUUUUCACAGUGGGAAAACUUAUGGCCUUGGGCCUUAUCAUUGUUGUGGGUCUGGUCCAGAUCAGUAAAGGAAACUAUGAGGCACUGACUCCUCAGGUUGCCUUUUCAAUAAACAGGAUACCAUCCAUUGGACAGAUCGCUCUGGCCUUCCUGCAGGCAUCCUUCGCCUUUAGUGGCUGGAAUUUCCUCAACUAUGUAACAGAAGAAGUGGUUGAACCCAGACGGAAUCUACCUCGUGCCAUCUACAUCUCCAUUCCAUUGGUGACUUUUGUGUACACACUCACCAACAUCGCCUACUUUUCCUCCAUGUCACCUGAGGAGCUGCUUUCCUCCAAUGCUGUUGCUGUUACAUUUGGUGAAAAGCUGCUUGGAGUCUUCGCUAUUAUUAUGCCGAUUUCAGUGGCUCUGUCCACCUUUGGGGGAAUCAAUGGUUACCUGUUUACUUCUUCAAGGUUGUGUUUCUCAGGAGCCAGAGAGGGCCAUCUACCCAGCCUGCUUGCUAUGAUACACUACAAGAAAUGUACGCCCAUCCCUGCCCUCCUCGUUUGCUGUGCGGCCACAAUUGUUAUACUGUGCAUCGGAGAAACACACAACCUGAUCAACUACGUCUCCUUUAUCAACUAUUUGUCAUAUGGUGUCACUAUAGCAGGUCUGCUGUUCUAUCGGUGGAAGAAACCUAACUUAUAUCGUCCUAUUAAGGUAAACCUCCUAGUUCCUGUUUCCUAUCUGAUGUUCUGGGCAUUGCUUCUUGGAUUUAGCCUGUACUCAGAGCCAGUCGUCUGUGGUGUUGGUUUGGUAAUCAUGCUUACUGGUGUGCCCGUCUAUUUCCUUGGUGUCCUCUGGAAAGUAAAACCAAAGUGUGUCUACAACUUUACUGCUUGGGCUACAUCAGUGGGCCAGAGGCUGUGUUUUGUGGUCUUUCCUCAGAUUGACCCUAUUGAGAUCGCCAGUCCUUCAGAAUGGACUGACCGCUCAUCUGGCAGAAACGGUUUCUUCAGCAGUUCAUGAAACUGCCUUUUCUGAACAUGCGAAGAUUGGUGUUCUGUUUGCUUUUUUAAAACAUGUUAGUUUGUAUGCUCAGACAUGCUUUUCCACCAUGGAGUCUGAUCUGUGAGCCUGAAAAAUUAAGCUUUUUCUCUAACAUUCAAGUGAAAAUGCUCACUGUCUGUUUGAUGUCUUCACUUUUGUUUCCAUGUAUUGUCUUUGAAGGAUCCAUGUGCAAAAGUCUCAUUCACUUUUUUAAUAUUUAAUUUUUCUGUAACACCACAGAACCCAGAUUGACUGACAUUUCCUAAUAACUGAAUUUAUUUUUUCUAAAUAAUUCUAGGAUGUCAUUGUGCCUUAAAGUCUUUUUUACACCAAGUCAAAACAAGUUAAAUGUAAAAAAAAACACUAAAACUACAGCCCGUUUUUUUUUUUUUU